AUGGCGGCGGGAGGAAAGGCAGAGACUGCCCCUUCCUUCUCGCUUCCCCCGGUACCUUGCAGUGCUGUCCGUAGCCGGUGCUCGCCCUCCUCCUCCACCGGCAGCUGCCUUGUGUUGUUGUCUCCCUCCCAGCCUGUGCCAACAGCACUGGCUCAGGUCGACCGUGAAAAGAUCUACCAGUGGAUCAAUGAGCUGUCCAGCCCUGAGACACGGGAGAAUGCGCUGCUGGAGCUGAGCAAGAAGCGUGAGUCUGUGCCUGACCUUGCCCCGAUGCUGUGGCACUCGUUUGGCACGAUUGCAGCCCUCCUUCAGGAAAUUGUAAAUAUUUAUCCAUCAAUCAACCCUCCGACUUUGACAGCCCAUCAGUCCAACAGAGUCUGCAAUGCUUUAGCUCUACUACAGUGUGUUGCAUCACAUCCUGAAACGAGGUCAGCUUUUCUGGCAGCUCAUAUCCCUCUCUUCCUGUACCCCUUCUUGCACACAGUUAGCAAGACACGUCCGUUUGAGUACCUGCGGCUCACCAGCCUCGGAGUGAUUGGGGCCUUGGUGAAAACCGAUGAGCAAGAAGUGAUAAAUUUCUUAUUGACAACAGAAAUUAUCCCCCUGUGCUUACGCAUUAUGGAGUCUGGCAGUGAACUCUCCAAAACGGUUGCUACAUUUAUUCUUCAGAAAAUCCUCCUGGAUGACACAGGGCUGGCAUAUAUCUGUCAGACUUACGAGCGGUUUUCCCAUGUUGCCAUGAUACUGGGUAAAAUGGUCCUGCAGCUCUCCAAGGAGCCGUCGGCACGGCUGCUGAAACAUGUCGUCCGCUGCUACCUUCGCCUUUCCGAUAACCCCAGGGCACGUGAAGCUCUCAGGCAGUGCCUUCCUGACCAACUGAAGGACACCACCUUCGCCCAGGUCCUGAAGGACGACACCACCACAAAGCGCUGGCUGGCUCAGCUCGUCAAGAACCUGCAAGAGGGUCAAGUCACUGACCCACGGGGCAUCCCUCUUCCUCCGCAAUGACUGCUGGGGGAGGUGGGGGACUGGGGAAGAAAACAGCUCAGGUUUACAAAGAACCAGGAACAGGUGACCUGUUCCGCAACAAACUGAGCACGCCAGCUGGCUGCCGGCCUGUUGGACCAUCCCACCCAGCCAAAGCGCUGCUCUGUAGCAAUGCAGCAUGCCUCUGGGGAUCGCAACACCAGCAAAUGCUGAUAUUACAGCUUCAAAAAAAAAAAAAAAUCAAUAGAAACAAUCUGUAAAGAUCCCCAUCUCUCCAGGAGGCUUGGCUGGCAUCUCUCCCCCCACUGCCAGGCAGGGGGUAGUGUGGAUGUCCGCUCUUCUAGCUAGCUCAGCCUCUGCCCAAGCGGUGCGUGACACGGGCUGUGUGCACCACCUCCCUCUAGUUCCUUGUCACUUCUUGUUUACGUAUCUGUUCAAAUGAGCGAGCUGAAUAAAAGCCGAUCCAGUUGUUUUAUCCCCUCUUAAGACUGCUACUCAGCUGCAGGUAGCCCAGGGUCAGCUUUCUUCCCUGCCAGCACAUCCUUGCGCCUGGCUCCGCAUCCCGCUGGCGCAGCAAGCUUCUCUCUUCCUUGCCUUUGGCGCAGAGGCAGCAGCUGGAGCUGGGCCAUCGCGGUGCUUGCCCCGAGAGGAGGGGUGGAUUACUUGCGAGGAACCCACGCCUCAUAAGCUUGCUUCCUGUGGCUCUUGGG